GAAGUCAGCAUGAAAACCAUUUAUCUGUUGGUUCUACUGUCAGCCGUCCCAUCAAUCCAGGCGACUGAAUCGUCCUCAUUCCAUGAGCAAGUUCUCGAAGUUCCAGAAAAUUAUGAAGGUUCCUACCCCUGGUACCUUGGCAAGAUAAAUCUCGCAGCAGAUGGACAAUAUAACGCGGUGCUGGCUGGGAACGAUGGAGAAAUAUUUGGUUUCGAUCCAGAAUCAAGACUUUUGUACGCUCUCCAGCCCUUUGAUAGGGAGAAGCGGGAUUCGUAUACCAUACAGGUCAUUUUGAGCGAUAACAAAGAAGCUCGGAUUGAAGCGGCCACAAUCCAGAUAAAUAUUAGAGACGUAAAUGAUAACGAGCCGAUUAUGGAAAAGAGUACGUUUCAUGGAAUAGUGAGUAAAGGAACAAGACAAGGCGUUGCUUUUGUGCAUAUUAAAGCCACAGAUCUGGAUGAUCCGCUAACAGAAAACGCAGACCUGCGCUACUCCAUCUUCUCAUACAACCCUGCCGCAUACGACAACGCGUUCCAGAUAGACCCGAGGACAGGGGCCGUUUCUCUAACAGAACGCGGUUCCAUGUUGUUGCCCGAGCUGGACGUCAGCCAUUUUGAACUUGUGGUUCAAGUCAAAGACAUGGGAGAUAAACCCACAGGUUUUAAAGCCAUGGCAAGCCUGGUAAUCAACGUUGCAGAGAAUACCUGGGUCACGCCGAGCCCGGUGUCCCUUCCUGAAAACCUGAAAGGGAACUACCCCCGGGUCAUCUCCGAGGUCGUGUGGAAUAGCACAGAGAUCCGCUAUUACCUUUCGGGGAAUUUCAAAGCCGGUCUAUUCACAAUCGACGAGACGGGGAAAAUUUAUAUCGCAGAAGAACUGGACAGAGAGAUUCAAAGCGAAUACCGGAUUGAAGUUUCCCCUGUGAAUGAAGAUGAUGUCCCCUACGCUGAUCCUCUACACGUAACGAUUACCGUUCAGGACGAGAAUGACAAUAGACCGGUAUUCUCCCAAAAGACGUACCACGUGGAGGUGACGAGAAAGGUCACAAAAGGAUCCGUCCUUCUUAAACUAAAUGCCGAAGACGCCGAUGGUAAAGAAACCAUAAACGCACAGCUACACUACAGAAUCGUCCGCCAGGAGCCCGACGAACCCAAAGACGCCUUGUUCCGCGUUGACGAGAAGACAGGAGAUGUGGUUUUGCUGGAGGACCUCAAGAAGGCAGCAAGCGUCAAGAGAUAUAGCCUGGAAAUCUCAGCCACCGACCUGGCGGGGGCUCCCAACGGUCUUAGCAGCACCUGCGUUGUAGUCAUCGAUGUAACAGACAUUAACGACAGCCCUCCCGUAUUUUUGAAAAAUCAGUUUGAACCGUUUAUUAUUCCAGAAGAUACAGAGGUUGGCACCUUAAUAACCAGUCUGACGGCCAGCGACGAUGACGACCUGAUGGAGAACAAGCUGAUAGACUUCUACGUUCAGUCGGGCAACGAAGACGGGGUCUUCGCACUUUCAAGUGACGAAGAUAAAAACGUCUUGAAUGUUUAUCUUGGAAAGAGUGUGGAUUAUGAGAAGAUUCAAGAAUACAAUUUAGUUGUCGUUGCACGGAACAGGGUCCAGCUUUAUGAAACCGAUUACGGUCCGAGUUCUACGGCCACCAUCCACGUCUUGCUGGGAAACGUCAACGAAGCCCCGAUAUUCACCCAGCAACGGUAUGAGGUCAGCGUGCCGGAGAGCACCCAGACCGGGUCGCUAAUACUUACCGUGGAAGCUUCGGACCCAGACACACACCACCCAGCCAGAUUACAUUACGCUAUCAAAAAUGAUUCCAGGAAAUGGCUUUCCAUACAAGAGCAUUCUGGGAAAAUAAAGCUCAUCCAUGCGCUGGACCGGGAGCAAUAUGAAGAGACUUAUAACGUGCAGGUCAUUGUGACCGAGGAAGGAGAUCAUGGUCUCUCAGCCACGGCAGACGUUGUGAUACACAUCUUGGAUGUUAAUGAUAAUAUCCCGUUUCUGGUGGGAGAUUAUUCGACGGAAUUUUUCUGCAGUCAAAAGGCAGACAACCAGAGGAUCCUCAUUAGAGCUUACGAUCCCGAUUCAGAAGGAAACAGCGCUCCUUUCACCUUUACACUCGUCAAAGAACCAAACCAUCAAGUCAAAUGGAACUUAACCGCUGUCAAUGGGACUCACGCUUACUUAUCGAUGUCGAUUAGUUACCUGGAGCCAAAGGUACAUAAUGUUCCGAUCAUCAUCACAGACAGCGGGAAACCCCCCCAGAGCCUCCAUGUGCACCUCCCAGUAAAUAUCUGUCAGUGUGGCUCCAGUGGUUAUUGCAACAAUGAAGCGGAGAAGACGGAGGGUAUGCCUUCCGUGGCAGUGGCCAUGGGCACUCUGCUGGGCACUCUGGGAGCCAUAGGCUUCUUCUUGAUCAUUAUCUUCAUACAUUUGUCCCAUGCUGCCCCCACCAAGACCACCGGAACGGCAGAAACUAUCCCUUUAAAGCAAACUGCAUGAACUUGGAAUGGGUCAAUAAGCCAGGAGCUCGAUGGGGAGAUACCACGUUAUGGCAAAUGACUACAGUUCUACGCGUUACUAGAUUAUUUCACUGUCCAUGCACCGUGGGGUCUAUUGGAAGGCACAUGGUGAAAUAUUACCCCUGCCCAGAUGCACUUUGUCUGUUGGCCCCUAGCAGCUCAUACUAUACUUGUCUUUGAACUCGUAGCCAAGGUAAAGAGAGUAAAUAUCUCAUGUGUUGAAAAGUCCUGUGACACUAUAUAACCUGCCUUUUAAUCUCGUACGGUAUUAGUUUUCUCUGAUUCCAUGCCUACAUUCAUGUUACUGCCUCCUCACUGCCCUUUCCCGAAAUGUUACACGGCAGCCUCUCUGUGAUCCUAUGAAACAAAGCGGACCACAAUCCAAAGACCCCGGCGAGAGACAUCGACAACCAGCCGUUGGCCUCCGCUAUCCCGGGUCUAAGACGAGACCAAGGACCGAUUGAGGUUUUAAGUCUUCAUAGGAAAAAAAUGGGCAGACCAGACAGGGACAGAAUGGGUCGGUGGGUUCUAUGUUUCUAUCAGUAACUAUGUGACAGCGCUCUAACCAAUUCCAAUAAAUACAACUUACUAGGA